AUGUAUAUAGGAUUUUGCAUUUCUGUAGUAAAGGUAGAGAACCACUACAAACCUACACAAGAGGUAAGGUCAGAGGCCCGGCAGGCCACUAUGAAGGAGCCUGAUUUAGAGCUUUUUGUCUCGAGUGCGAGGAAGACGCUGGUGGAAGCUCAGGUACUGUGCCAGGAGGCUAGUAUGAGAAUAUCUGGAGCUAAAGGGAGUCUAUUCCAAUGGCAGCAGGACAUCUCUAGAAUGAAGUUCAUGCUGGGUUGUUUGAAGAGGCAGGCGGAGUUUCUUUACAAGUGUAUCCUAAAGUCUGAAAUCGGGGAGAAUUUGAUCAGAAAUGAAUGGUCUCAGGGACUGUUAGUAGAACUAAUUGGGCGAAUGAAGCACUGGCAGGAUCAGUUGGGUAGUCGUCUCCAUCGCCUGGAUCAUAUCGAUAAUGAACUGGUGCAAUCUGAUGCAAAUGGAGAGCCUGUAAGACUCGGGGACUUCAUUCCGAAGGAGAACGCUCAUAUUUUGGAUGACAGAUUGAAAGAGAUCCCUAUCAUACGUCGACAGAUAGAUAAUAUCAGAUCUCAGUAUGCAGAUAUGACCAGAAAGGUUCAGGAUCAACUGAUGCAAACUAAGAUGAAGAAUGUAGAAGCGCUCUUUGAGAGGAACUUUGGAUCUUCUUCGACAGAAAGCAUCGAACUGAGCGAAACCUAUCUAACGGAGAUGACAAACUUGGAACAUGAGCUCGUGGAGUACUUGAACUCUCUGACGGACCAUUUCGACAAAUGUAAGACGCUGCAGGAAAACGACCUGCAAGGGCAGAAUAGACAAGAACUCUUGGAGAUUGUUACGAGGGAUCAUGGCGAAUUGAGCUCGGUUCUAAUAACCUUGCGAGAUACGAUCAAAGAUGUAGACGAAUUGUUGGUGAAGUUCAAAAGUAAUCUAGAUAAGAACAUGAUAAGCGGUAACCACAUACGCAGUGAAAUGAACAAGAUCAUUAACGAUUUUCACAAAUACCAAGAAUAUUUGACGAUUUUUAAGGAUAUCUCAGAGCUGAUAACCACUUUUCGCGAGACCUGCCUGCAGGAGAUACAGGUGGCCCAGGAAUUGUGUGAGUUCUAUGAGAAUUUCGAGGCAAGUUAUUACAAACUACUUGAAGAGGCGAAACGCAGGCGUUCGGUCGCCCAGGAAAUGGCUAACGUGCUAGCAGAGGCUGAAGGUAAGUUGCAAAAUCUGCACGAACAAGAUCAUGAAAUUCGCAAGAAAUUUCUCACAGAAAAUGGGAACUUCUUACCGGAGACCAUCUGGCCUGGUAAAAUUGACGAUUUUGCACCUUUAUAUUCGUUACAAUACACCAUCAAAGACAUAUAA